GAAGAAGACGAUGAAGAAGAAGAAGAAGAGGAAGAAGAAGAAGAAGAAGAGAUAUCGGUGGAGAAAACGUUCGCUGGAGAACGGUUACCGCCAUGGCAUGAGCAGUUGACGUUGAGGGCCUUUGUAUUGAGUUUGUUCCUAAGUGUGAUGUUCAGUGUGAUAGUCAUGAAGCUCAAUCUCACCUCUGGCAUUAUUCCAUCAUUGAACAUCUCGCCGGGGUUGCUUGGCUUCUUCUUCCUUAAGGGAUGGACUAAGAUCGUUGAGAAGUUAGGGUUUUCUUGCCGACCUUUUACUCGUCAAGAGAAUACCGUUGUUCAGACCUGUGUUGUUGCUGCCGCUGGCAUUGCUUUCAGCGGAGGAUUUGGGAGCUAUCUGUUUGCUAUGAGUGACAGAAUUGCAAACCAAUCAACAGAACUGAACAAAGAAGAUAACAUAAAAAAUCCAGGAUUAGGCUGGAUGAUUGCUUUUCUUUUCUAUGUUAGUUUCCUUGGUCUCUUCUCACUUAUGCCCCUAAGAAAGAUUAUGAUAAUUGAUUAUAAGCUCAGAUACCCAAGUGGCACAGUCACUGCUCAUUUGAUCAACAGUUUUCAUACUCCUCAAGGAGCAGUACUAGCUAAGAAACAAGUGGCAACUUUGGGAAAGUUCUUUUUUAUGAGCUUUUUCUGGGGUGUUUUCCAAUGGUUUUAUAGUGCAGGAGAUGAUUGUGGAUUUAAAGCCUUCCCCACAUUGGGCAUUAAUGCUUAUAAACGAAAAUUUUAUUUUGAUUUCUCAGCUACUUAUAUUGGAGUUGGGAUGAUUUGCCCCCACCUUAUAAAUUUCUCCGUCCUUUUUGGAGGCAUUAUUUCAUGGGGAAUUCUAUGGCCUCUCAUAGAGAAGAAAAAAGGAUAUUGGUUUGCUUAUGAUCUCCAUGAAUCUAGUGUGAAAGGCCUCCAAGGCUACCGGAUUUCUUUAGCUAUUGGGUUGAUGCUUGGAGAUGGCAUAUACAACUUCUUAAAAGUACUAUACAAGACUAUUGUAGCCAUAAUCACACAAAUACAAAGCAAAGGUUUCAAUUCUAGACUACCAAUCUCAGAUGAUGAUGCUCCUAGUUUCACUUGCUCAAACCAAAAAUUAUCAUAUGAUGAACAACGUCGAACAGAAGUGUUCCUUAAAGAUGGCUUACCAAACAUGACUGCUAUCACUUUUUAUUUCAUUAUAUCAUUGAUCUCCACAGCUGCACUUUCUCAUAUUUUCCCACAACUCAAGUGGUACUACAUCUUGCUUACUUAUGCACUGGCUCCAAUUUUCGCAUUUUGCAAUGCUUAUGGCUGUGGUCUCACCGAUUGGUCUGUCGCUUCGACCUAUGGCAAACUUGCAAUCUUUAUUAUAGGAUCAUUAUCAGGUUUAAAUGGAGGUGUGAUUGCUGGACUUGCAGGAUGUGGUGCAAUGUUUAACAUUGUUUCAACUGCAUCAGACAUCAUUCAAGAUUUCAAAACUGGUUAUAUGACAUUGGCAUCACCUAGAGCCAUGUUCAUUAGUCAAGUGAUUGGCACUGCCAUGGGUUGUCUAAUUAGUCCUACCAUAUUUUGGCUCUUCUACAAAGGACUUAAGGAUGUUGGUGUCCCAGGGAGUGAAUUCUCAGCACCUUAUGCUCUUGCUUACAGAAACAUGGCAGUGUUAGGUGCAGAAGGUUUUUCUUCAUUACCAAAACAUUGCUUAACACUUAGUUGUGCAUUCUUUUUCUUUGCAAUUCUUAUUAACAUCAUUAGAGAUCAUGUAGGGGUCAAAAUUGCAAUGUUUAUUCCCAUUCCAAUGGCAAUGGCAAUUCCCUUCUAUUUAGGAUCAAACUUUGCUAUUGACAUGUGUAUAGGUGGUUUGAUAUUAUUUAUAUGGCAAAAGGUAAAUAAACCCAAUGCCAAUAUGUUUGCAUCUGCAGUUGCCUCAGGUUUGGUUUGUGGUGAAGGUAUUUGGGCUUUACCCCAAGCAAUUUUAUCUUUAGUUAACUUAAAGCCUCCAAUUUGCAUGAAGUUUUUGUCAAGGGAUAUGAAUGAGAAGGUGGAUGAGUAUAUACACACUUUAUCUUAG